CAGGUUAUACCGGAGCGUGUCUAUAGUCAACUGAAACUCCCGGCAAAACGCGGACUGCGUAAAUACAUAGAAAAGGAUUCUACACAGAACAAGGCAGCCGCCCUCAAUACAUAUCUCGACACCUUGCUACGCUAUCCCAUCACACGCGACCAUAUCCUGACCCGGCGGUUCUUAGAGGCGUACGAGAAGCAGGAGGAGGAUGACUUUAUCGAGCAGGCCGUUAAUCUGGGCAAGAGCCUGCCCACCUAUCAUAUGAGCAAGCUGUAUACGGAAUACCUCCAUCCCAGACCACUUGCCCGCCCCACGUCUUGCAAGGGGAUGGACAACAAGGGGUAUGGCAACACCCUGGCGGCUGCGGUGGCGGCUGCUACAAACCCCCGUAUACGCAACUUGCGGUUGGAAGCACGAGUGGAUCUGUUGGAUAAGAAGGUCAACGAGCCGACCAAGGAUAGCGAGGGCGCGGGUAGGAAGCCGGGGGGGCGUUUGUAGGUGCAAGUGUGUGUCUGGUGUUGACGUGUGAGGAGUGUGUGCGUGUACUAGCCCGGUGCGUAUGAGGCUGAGUCGUGGGUGUGCGUGCUCGUGAUGCAGGUAUUGCCCAUGCGGUAUGUCAACUGGGGCAUGCGAGUGUGGCCGCAGGUGGUUAAGUAGCAAUGCACACGUUGCGCUUGAGGCAGUACAUUUGUCGUCAUACAAGGGUGCCUCAAAGAUUUCUUGGGGUGUGUAUAUAUGAGAAAUGCAAAUCCAGCGUGUAGUGCUUUCGAUGUGCGCAUUACCCAUGUGGUCAUGUCAGGAAUAUCAGCAUGCAUGCUAGGAACAAUUGCCACAGCCCAGACCUAGUCAUACGUAUGAUGCUGAGCACCACCAGGGGAGAGACACCUACACAUAUAUGAAUCUGCUGACACGCACAUCCAUGGACAAGUGCACAGCUAUGCGCACUCACAUGGAUUAGAAGUCACAGUCCGUUCAGUUAGGGUUGUGGCAUGUAUUGUGUGUACUAAAGAUAUACGAGAAGAAAAAACACGGCUGUUCCGGGUCGACCGCAGGACCAUGGCCAAAUUAAUAUCUAUACAGUAAAACGAUAGCAAUAAAUCUAUAAAUAAACAGUAUAAACGA